UCUCCACCACUUCCUCCACCCCACUCUCUGCCCGAACCAUCAUGGCUGGCGAUCACAAGUGCCCCGUCUGUCAGUCUACCUUCACCCGUCCCCAGCAUGUCGCUAGGCAUAUGCGUUCCCAUACCGGUGAUCGCCCCUACAAGUGCCAGCACUGUGGAGAUCAGUUCGCGCGAAGCGAUUUGCUCUCGAGACACAUUAACAAGUGUCAUGCCUCUGAGAAACCCCCCACCACCACUGCUCCAAACCGGCGCAAGGGUUCCGCUGCGGCCUCCCGUGCAACUACCUCGAAGCAGGCUUGCGACCAAUGCGUUCAGUCCAGUCUGCCUUGUGACGGCGCUAAUCCCUGCUCAAAGUGCGUACAGCGCAAGUGUCGAUGCACUUACGUCAAGUUCCAUCGACAAACUGCGCCUCAGGGCCCAGGCCAUCCCGUCCCGAACCAACUUUCUCAGCCGAGCCGCACUACCAUCGCCGGUUCUUCUCGCCUUUCUGACGAUUUCAUCCUCGGUCCUCCCCAGACUCAAUUCGCGUUCCCAUCCAUGUAUGCGCCGAAUGCCGGCACUGAAUACACGUUGCCCCCGACCUCAACCACGCUGUAUGGCUACAACCCUUCUGAUCCUCAUCAGUCGCCUGCGUCCUCCAUGACGCUGUCUGCGAGCACCCGUGACUCGCUGAGUUCCUCCUCUGAUGUAAUGGCCAGAUAUCACGCACAAGCUGAGCUCCUGUCUCGUGCCAACGCUCUAAAUGGCCCUCUCGCCGUUAUGGGCUCCGGUGCGCCGCCAGCCGCAGAUAACGCCAUGUCCGCGAACACACUGUACAGCUCCGAUCCGCACGCCCAGUCCCAUUUCAACCGGUUCUCACUGCCGAUGCCGGCUGCCUCGUGGGCGCACUCUAAUGAUGCGCACACUCAGCAGUCCUUUCAGGGCGUGGACGAGCACGAUAAGGAAUACGACCCAGCAUACAGACAGCCCUUUCAUACGCGCGAGAGAAGAAUUGCAACAGGCUCCGGGGAGCCAACGCUUCAGGCCCAUCCUACCACGCACGGUGCAACGUUUCCGCCCUUAUCCUCCACUGUCGGAGGCGCGGGCGGCUACUCCGGAGACGUAGGGUUUCAACGCCACUCGGACGACUUAAACGACGACUUUGGAAGCGAUGCUGGCAGUAACGAACGUUCGCACUCGAUCCCGAGCAGUGCAGCGUCCAGCAGUGUACAUCUUCCGCUUCCUGAUUCUCAACAGCAGCAGGCACGGCAAUCGUUCGCUCUUCGAGAGUUCUCGCAUUUUGACGCCGCCCAGGAUGCAGGCAAUAACCCACACAAUAUAGGUCACAAGCACGAGUAUAGCGGCAGUUUUGAAAACGAUGGACAGGGUGAGGGAGGCUUCUCGUCCGCAUUCGGACUCAUGUCUCUGGAUGACCCGAAUGUCCUUGCGGGGCUCUCUACAGAUUCGGCUCCUUUCUUCUCGAACAUGACGCCCGGCGCGGGCGGUACUAGCAGUCUCAAUUUCGCGACGCCGACGCAAGAUAUACUUUCAGCGUUGAAAGCAGGCAAAAAUGACAUGGACUCGAAGGAGAUGCGCGAUUUCUGGAAGAUGUACGUACGCACGCCGCUAAGCGGCCCGGGCAGCGCGAAUAUGCUGUCUUUGGCAACCCCGACGGGCCCGGGGCAGACGCUGGGCUCGAGGCCGUCGCCGUCGCGGCGGCAUUCCCGUGUUGCCUCGUUACCGAGCAUGAAGACGCCUCCAUUAUUGUCGGAUGUCAAUUCCGGUGCAUUACCACCUUUAAGCCGUUUUGCAUUCAAUGACGGCACACGCAAUGACGGUUCUCGCAAUAUGCAGUUUCCCCACUCUGAGCAUGAGAGUGACCAGCGAGACAGAAAUGCAAAUGCAAAUGCCAAUGCUUUCUCCUCGAUUCGCACAACUCUCCACGGUGGAGACGAUUUGAAGAGCUAUGAGCAGGCGGUGCUUGCUCGCAGGGCUCCGAUGAACUUGAACCUUGUACCCAAGCGCAGAGGGACAAUGCCACCGAGAGCUAGUGCAACUAGUUCUAUCCUGCAGCAACAGCAAAGUUCGGACGCUAAAGCUAGUUCGAGCGUGAAUGCAAGCCCUGUAGCCCCGCAUCUCCCGCCGCCGCCGCCUCCGUUCAUGUCGAACAAAAUUCCCGAUCUCCUUAACCGACCCUCAUCGACUGCAUCGAACUCUUCUUCCCUCGCUCACGCUUUCGGUGCGACCGAUAGCAAUGCCCAUCCGCAGACACAGCAGGCCACUUCUCGGCCUCCGUCUCAAUCUGGUCCUAGUGGUAUGCGGCCUCCUUCCGUUGCGUCCAGCACAGUGGUUGGCAGCGACGCCGGCCAUGACUUUGACCCUUCAUUUCGGCCAUCGUUCAAGCGACUCGCAUCGCAGACGCUCGGGCCUGAAAACAGCAAGCGCGCGUUGCUGGGUCCAGCGGGUUGGGACGAUGAUGCGCGGCAGUCGUUGUCGACCUCUACGGAGCGGGGUAGCUCCGAUGUCAACAGGCUUGGUAGCGCGUACGACCGCUCGGUGGUGGGAUUGUUGGAUCGUCAACGUAGGUCAAGCUACCCAAUGACGGGUAUGCAAGCCAUGCAACCCUUGCGGCGCGCAGAGGAAUCGGGUACCUAA